GAACGACGUCCGGUCGUCAUGGACGAUGCCAAAGCGGCAGCGGAUGGGAUUUUGGAUUCCCUGAGACAACUGGUGAACGCCUUGGCGUCGCUGGUGCCCAGCAGUGCGGGGCGCGCCUGUGCCACCGAUGCUGUGGAUGCCAGGUCGCUACCCGCGCUGACGAAGGCAGUCAAACGACUCUGGUUCGAGACACACUUCGAUCAGGCAACUUUACCGGAGGAUUGGUGUGAGGACAAGCGAUUUGGUUGAGUCAACUGCUCUUGAUAUUGAGCGGUUCCCGGGAAGCAAUCUUGUCCUUCUAUGCGGCUGGAUUGUUGCUGUGCAACUCCUUGUUCUGCUUUGCGAAGGUGGUCUAUCCACAUGUUGGAAUGGAACCAGAUGAAGCCUGGUGUCAAAAUCUGGCAGCAGUGCAAACCUGCGUCGAACGUGACUUCCAGCAAGAGCUGCAGUACUUGCCUGCUGAUCACCUGGGCGGCAGCAAGCGUGAUGCGCUGGUGUCCACCAAUCGACUGCCUGCGCUCUUCCGGAGGAUGUUUGACCUGGAGGGGCACAAGCUGACGCCUGCGCAGAAGGGCGGCCUGGCGGUGGCCUUCGUGAUGCCCGGCACCGGUCUGCUGACGGCCGGCGGCAUCGGCACCGCGCUGCUGCUGCGCAAGGCGCGACAAGCGCAGUCUGGAGAUGAUCCACUGGAACGUCUGUUUUCCAAAUGCCUGGAGGAGGCGAAAGUGUCAAUCCGGCGGAAAAACAAUCCCAUCGAAGUGACGUAUCUGAACGGUUCGAGACCGGGGCCCUCGCGAGUCAAAGUCUGCGUGCAAGCCAAAGAGUCUCUGGUGCCUACAGUGCCCUUAGGCAGCCUCGGACAGCAUGGGGUGAACACCGCCAUCCUGGAACUGGGACAGACGUGUCAUCUCCGCCCCACCGGAUCUGAUAUCAUCGUACUCAGAGUCUUCCGUCCCUCGCUGAUCAACGAGCCGCUCCACGAGGCCGUCGAAGUCUGGCGCGGCGCCAAGGUGAUUUUGGUGCCCGCCACGGAUGGCACGCUGAAGUGCUACGUGAGGAAGGAGUCGAAGACCGCCCCGCCUGCGGCGCCUGCGGCGCCUGCGGCGCUAGCGCCACGCCCAGCAGACGCCGCGGCGGGCUACGGUGCGGCGGUGACAGCGGUGGAACAGUGACGUUUAGAUGGU